AGGGGGAGCAAAAGAGAGGGCUGUGGGGUUCAUGAUAGCCCUCUCACUCUCCGAUCAAAUUCCAAACAAUCACACACACACACACACAAAAAAAAAGAAAGAAAAGACUUUACUUAAUUCUUUACCCAUUUUCCUUCAUAAUUCAAUCAUUUUCUUUCGUUUUCUCUCUUAUCAAUCAUAUGAUUCUAAUUCUUUACCCAUCCUGAUCUUUUGAUGCGACGAUCGCAUGCCCGCAAUCGGGUUAAUUCCAUUUGCAAUUCAAAUUCAAAUUCUAGAUCCACCGGCGGCAGCCGCAGCACCGCCAAGAUGGAUCAAAUCAGGUUUCAGAGCCGAUCCAACACGCGAUCCCCCAAUUUCUUCCCUCAGAUCUCCAAGCAAAGUAGAAUGAUCUCGCCAUUGGUUGUUGCCUUAGUUCCAGCGACGUUUGCUAUUUUGCUCUUUUGUUAUCUAUUCAUAUUCAGCACUAAAGGCACCGAGAAGUACCGGAUUAUCAUCGACGGUGGGAGUACAGGGACGAGGAUUCAUGUGUUUAGAUACACUGUAGAGGGAGGAAUAGCGGUGUUUGAUUUUAAGGAAGAUGGGCUGGUGAGCAUGAGGGUUAGUCCGGGGUUGUCUGCUUACGCGGGUGAUCCGGAGAACGCAGGGCUAUCGGUUAUGAGGCUUCUGGAAUUUGGGAAGAGUAAUGUGCCGAAAAGGCUAUGGGCGGCGACAGAAAUAAGGCUGAUGGCGACUGCUGGGUUGCGACUGCUAGAUAUUGGAGUGCAGGAAGUGAUUCUUGAAUCCUGCAGACGGGUUUUGAGCGUAUCUGGGUUUAAGUUCCAUGACAAGUGGGCGUCUGUGAUUACAGGCUCUGAUGAGGGAGUAUACGCUUGGGUGGUUGUAAAUUAUGCACUCGGUACUCUUGGAGGUGAUCCUCUGCAGACAACUGGGAUUAUUGAACUUGGAGGUGCUUCUGCUCAGGUAACAUUUGUUUCAAGUGAACCGAUGCCUCCUGAGUUUGCACGCACAGUCAGGUUUGGAAACUCCACCUACAAUCUCUAUAGCCACAGCUUUCUUCAUUUUGGGCAGAACAUUGCAUUUGAAUCUAUGAGGGAAUCUCUUAUUUCAAGAGAACUUGAAUUAGAUCCUUGUUCCCCAAAAGGUUACUUACAUGACAGGGAGUCAUGGAAGAUGUCUCCAGGUUCUUUACCUGAAAGGAAUGAAUUUCUAUCCAAAUUGCGAGCCAGCGGUAACUUUUCUGAGUGCAGAUCUCUGGCCCUAAUGCUAUUACAGAUGGGAAAAGAGAAAUGCUCAUAUAACCAUUGCAAUUUAGGAUCAACUUUCAUGCCGAAGCUCCAGGGGAAAUUUUUAGCAACAGAAAAUUUUUUCCAUACUUCAAAGUUCUUUGAGCUGAAGCCAAGGGCAUUUCUUUCUGGUCUUGUCAUGGCUGGAGAACGUUUCUGUGGGGAAUAUUGGUCGAAGUUAAAGAAUGAAUACCGGACUGUUGAUGAGGAAGAUCUGUUGCACUAUUGUUUUUCUUCAGCAUAUAUUGUGGCAUUACUCCAUGACGGUCUUGGAUUUGCUUUGGAUGAUGAGAGGAUUACGUUUGCUAAUCAGGUGAAAAACAUGCCACUCGAUUGGGCUCUGGGAGCUUUCAUCUUGCAAAGUACAGCUGACUUGAAUGUGCAGCACCAUGCCACUGACUGGAUGAUAACCAUCAUCAGUGAUGACUCACCCACUUUGUUCUCUUUAAUUGCCAUCGCUGUCUUAUUGAUAUUUAUAGGAUGGAUGAUAUCAAAAUGCAGGAAGCCACAGUUGAAGACAGUGUAUGAUCUAGAGAAGGGACGAUAUUUUGUUACCCGUGUUAAUCGGAGAUGAUAGUAUUUGCUAAGCGUAUCCAAACCUUUCAUCUAGAUAUUGCAGUCCCGGAGGAAGUGUGUGAUGUACGAAACACAAAUAUCAUGCUCCCUCAGUUUAUUGCAGCCUUACAGGACUCACCUCUCCACGGGCACUCUAGAUUAUGUAUCAUGGAGUUUCAGCAGCAGGCGUGUCACCUUUCUCGCAGGGAGCUUUAUAGAAAGAUUAACGAUUGCCGCUUUGUAACGAGAGCCAAAAUACUUAAUUUGUUGUAUACCCAUAAUACAAAGCAUAGGGAGGAGUGGGGUUGAUUGUGCUCCAAUACCAGGUAAACAUUAAUCUUUUUUUUUUUUGUGCCAAAAGAUAAAUAUUAAUGACAGUGCUUUCUUCACAGUUUCUCUUGAUUUGUUUGGGCAAUUUUCAGCUUAUAGCUGCCAAAGAAAAAAGUUUGUGGAUUUUUAUCGAAGAACUCUUAGCAUUUCCAACUUGCUAUCAAGUUGAAGGUCAACUAUUAGUUCAAAGGAAUCGACUAAAAGGAAAUGGAGAAGGCCAUUUUUUGGUUCUUAGAAAGAGAAGUGAAUGUAUCAAUACGUGAGAAAAUUGAAAAUUAGGAUGUUUGUUUUAAUCUAAUUUCAUAAAACAUGUGGGAUAUGGUAUGAAUUUCAACUAUAUACACAUCUCAUCAUUUAUCAUGUGAUUAGAUGUUUUAACAUUUUUAAUAUAAUCUUAUAAUUUCC